AUGGCUUCAAAAAUUGAGGAUGUGGUUGCAUCAUUAGUCAGCAGUGCACCUCCAGGAGAGCUUUCACAGGCUGCAACCGAUUUAGGUGCUUUGCUCAGUGGUAGGGCCAACCAAAGUAUCAUCAACACUGCACUUGAAUCGUAUGCCACCGAAGAAGGUGCUAUUGUUGCUGGGAAUUAUGUGAUCAGCAAACACAGUAAGUUGGCUGGGUCAACUAAGUACAUUGACUAUGUUAGUGGGAAAGCUUUCAACGUUGACUUGAAGGCCAAUAAAGUUCUUGAUGUCGAGGACCAUAACGUUAGUGAUAAGGUUAGUAGUAUUAGCUACUUUGAUUCGUUAGUGAAGGCAUUGAAUCAAUAUGGAGAAGACCAUUUCCCCUCCUUAUAUGCCUUUAAUGUCAUCCCAGAUGGCUCAGACUUACAUAUCAUCAUAGUUGGCCAAAGGGUAAACCCUGAUAACUUCUACACAGGCCAAUGGAGAUCACACUAUGUUGUUUCUCAAGGUAAGGACACCAUCAAUGGAGACGUGUCAUUGGAUAUACAUUAUUAUGAAGACGGGAAUGUCCGGUUAACCUUUGGAGAGAAGUUGAAGGACACUACGGUUUCUGAGAAUGCAUCGGCCAUCGUGAAUGCUAUUGAUGAGUUUGAAUCUACCACUAGUAUGACUAUUGUGGGGAAGUUUGAGGAGUUGAACCAAAAGUCGUUUAAGAACUUACGGAGAUUAUUACCCGUGACUCGGUCCAAGAUUCAAUGGGGAAAAGCUAUCGGUAACUAUCGGUUAGGAUCGGAUGUUGUCAACAAGAAAUAG